AUGGAGCCAGUUCUAGCAGAGGCGCUGUUAUCCCUGAACGGGGACCCGCGCGUGCUCCUCGGCGCACUGUGCCGAGGGGAGCCGUCUGCCGAGCGCGUGGACACACUACGCUUCCUACUCCAGCGACUAGAGGACGCGCGCCGCAGUGGGGGUGCGUGCCCCGAGGCCUGGCUGCGGGAGGCGGCGCGCGAGGCAGCGCUCGGCUUCCUUGUGCCGUUGCUGCGUCUGCGGGACCCCCAGCCGCCUCUCGGCCGCCACCUCCUCCGCGCCGCCGCUGGAGCCCUGCUCGCGUGCGUGCGGCUGGCCAGGGGCGCGCGCUGGGCGACGGCGCUGGCCGAGGAGGCUCUGGAAGAGCUGUUGGGCACGCGGCCGGGCCAGGGGGACGCGCUGGGCGCCGAGGCGGCUGUGGAGGUUCUGGCGGCCGUGAGCCCCUUCCUGCAGCCGCCCGAGGACAGCGUGCUGCUAGAGCGGGCGGCGCAGGCCCUGCUGGUGCUGGCGCUGGGCGAGGCGGAGUCCGGGCCGGCUGACGAGGCGGCACAGGCGGCAGCGCGGCUGCUCCCCGCGCUGGGCCGGGCGGGCGAGGCUGCGCGGCGGACGCUGUGGGCUGGGCUGCGCGCGGCCGGCCCGGGAGCGAGCGUGUCUCGCCGACUGUUGGUGCUGAGUGCGCUGGCCGAGGGGCCGCCACCCGAAGGACCGGACCCUGGCCCGGAGCUCUGGAGUGUGGUGCAGGAGGGGCUCACCCGAGCCGAGGAUACGCUCACACGCAAGCGGGCGCGCUACGUGCUGCAGCGGGCAGUGGAGCAGGCAGCGCGCGGGGCCGGGUGCGUGUGCGGACCGCGGGGACAAGACCCAAGUGUGUUUUGGUGGUGUGAAAAGAAAAAAGAUGAGCUGCUUUCCUUCUGGGAAAACUAUAUUUUAAUUAUGGAAACCCUGGAAGGAAAUCAGAUACAUGUUAUAAAGCCUGUCUUACCAAAGCUGAAUAAUCUGUUUGAAUGUGCAGUGUCAGAGGAAAAAGAAGUGUGGAUCAUCCACCCAUCCUGGCAUCUCUGUAUUUACAAAAGAAUGCUUGAAAGUGAAAACAAAGUCCUGACCAAAGAAGGUGUCAUCCAUUUUUUAGAGCUCUUUGAAUCAAAGGUUCUUCCGUUUUCACCAGAAUUUUCUGAGUUCAUUCUUGGACCAUUAAUGGAUGCGCUUUCAGAGACCUCUCUGUAUAGAAGAAGCCCUGGUCAGCCAAUAGGCAGUGGUCCUCCAUUGGGAUUGAAACUACAGACGUUUUUAGUCACUUACGUUUCACUUCUUCCAGAUGAUGUAAAGAGUGGUUUCCUGUUGAAGUUCAUUCAGAAAAUGAGCACUCGACGCUGGUGUGCUGUUCCCAUUUUGUUUCUGUCCAGAGCUCUGGCCAGUGUCCCCCGAUGUAAAGCACUAGGGAUUGAAGGGCUUCUUGUUCUCAGGGAUGUUCUUCAGUGUACCAUGAUAACACACCAGAUUCUGCUCAGAGGGGCUGCUCAGUGCUAUCUUCUUCAGACAGCUAUGAAUUUGCUUGAUGUGGAAAAAGUGUCUUUUUCGGAUGUCUCCUCUUUUCUCAUGUCUCUGAGAGAAGACGAAUCCUUAAGACGAGGAACUUCAUUGUGGACAGAGCUUUGUGACUGGCUUCAUUUUAAUGAGAGCAAUUUCAGACAAUCCUCAAAUUGUAGCUCCAUUGGACUUCACGAGACACCAUCUUUGAAUGCUUAUGUAAAGAACCUAGUUCAAGAAUAUAUUAAGACUCCUGUUGAGGAAAGAAACAGCUCCUGUCUGCCUGAUUGGUCUGAAGCAAGACGUGUUGCCGUGAUGGUCUUGCUGGCUGUGGAUGUGGAGGAAAGGAGGGGUUGUCCUGGUGGAGAACGGAGAAUACAGAAUGUGUUAAGGAUAUUCUUAGACCCUCUCCUGGAUGCCCUUGUGAAGUUUGGUACAAAUGCCUACAUGCCCUUGCUGAAAACUGACAGAUGCCUGCAGUUGCUGUUGAAGUUAUUGCAUACUUGCUUGUUGAGAGGUUCCGGUGCCCACGAUGAUGAGGUGCUGACUCUUCUUCAGAACUUUGUCAUGUCCACCACAGAAAGCGUUUCUGAAUUUAUUCUCAGAAGACUUACUACGAAUGAGCUGAAUAGUGUUUCAGAUCUGGAUCAGUGCCACUUGUACCUGAUGGUCCUAGCUGAGCUGAUCAAUCUCCAUCUGAAGGUGGGCUGGAAGAGGGGUAGCCCUAUUUGGAGGGUGAUUUCUUCUUUGACAAAUGCAUCCAUUUGGCGCCUUCAGGAGGUGAGCAGUGAACAGGAACCCACCCUGGGUGGGCAGAUUCAGAAAGUGGUCAGCCUGGCGGCUCUGGCCAUGGUGUGUGAAGCCAUCCAUCAGAGGCCAGAGCUGCAGCUUGACUCGCUGGACGCAGGGGCCCUGGAGACGCUGCUUUCCUCCCUGCAGCUCAAUCAGACCCUACCAAGGCCCCACACUGAGGAGGCUGGCAGGUACGUUAAUGUUCUUUUUCAUUUCAGUGUUGGUGAAGAAGUGUUGUCUUCCCAGGGCUGGGGGAAGGUAGUGGCUCAGUAUGUCCAUGAUCAGUGGGUCUGCCUCUCCUUCUUACUGAGAAAAUACCACAGCCUCAUCCCUGUGACAGACAGGGCUGUUCAGGACCCCAGCCUGCCUGCCGUGUACCAGCCCAUGUGCACGCUGCAGGCAGCCCUAGAAGCCCUCAGCAUCCUUCCUUCUGAUCGGGUCUCGCCUGUGCUCCAGUGCAUGAAGGUUUUGGUUCCCAAGCUUCUGACCUCGUGCGAGUCGCUCUGUGUUGAGGUUUUCGACUCUGCCUGGAAAGUUGUGUCUUCUCUAAGCAACACUCAGCUGGUUUUCUGGUCUAACUUAAAGACUUUUGUGGAGUUUGUGUUUGAUAACCAGCUUCUCACGAUUGCUGCUAAAAUCCAGGGUCAGGCUUAUCUCAGAAUAAAAGAGAUUAUGUACAAGAUAAUAGAUAUGUCUUCUGUAAGAACUGGCGUCUUCAACACCCUGCUGAGUCACUGCUGCCGGUCCUGGGUCAUCUCUGCCUCUCAUGGGUCCCAGGGCUCUCUGUCCAGUGCACAGAAUUACAGCGAGCUUGUUCUCGAGGCCUGCACUUUUGGGACUGUGUUCAGGCGUGAUCAAAGGCUUGUUCAAGAAGUACAGACUUUCAUAGAAAAUCUUGGGCAGCAGUGUGCAGCAAACACUAUUAUUGAAAAUGCUAAAAGAGAGGACCAUUAUGUGAGAAUCUGCGCUGUCAAAUUCUUGUGUUUACUGGAUGGUUCUAACAUAUCUCAUAAGUUGUUCAUGGAGGAUCUUGCAAUCAAGCUGCUUGAUAAAGAUGAAUUGGUGUCCAAGUCCAGAACACGCUAUUACAUGAAUUCUCUGCAGCACAGAGUGAAAAACCGCAUCUGGCAGACUCUGCUCAUACUCUUCCCCAGAUUUGAUCAGAAUUUCUUGAAUGGAAUUAUUGACAAGAUCUUCCAGGCCGGCUUCGUCAAUAAUCAGGCAUCCAUCAAAUAUCUCUUAGAAUGGAUUAUUAUACUGAUUCUUCAUAAAUUUCCUCAGUUUUUUCCAAAAUUCUGGGAUUGUUUUUCUUCUGGUGAAGAAAAAUUUAAAACAAGCAUUUGUACAUUUUUAUCCGUUUUAUCACAUUUGGACGUCAUUGUUCAAAAUAUUCCAGAAAAGAAGCUGGUCCUGAAGCAGGCCCUCGUUACUGUGCUGCAGUGGUGUUUCAGCCACAACUUCAGUGUCCGACUGUAUGCCCUACUGGCUCUGAAGAAGGUCUGGACCAUGUGCAUCACGUUACAUGUCCAGGAAUUUGCCGCCCUGACAUCUGUAAUUGAGUCAAGCCUUCAUCAAGUGGAAGCCAUGCAUGGAGCAGGGAAUGCCAAGAAGAACUGGCAGCGCAUUCAGGAUCAUUUCUUCUUUGCAGCGUUUCAUCCACUGAAGGAUUAUUGUGUGGAGACCAUAUUUUACAUCCUCCCGCGCCUCUCAGGCCUCAUUGAAGACGAAUGGAUUGCCAUUGAUAAGUUUACCAGAUUCACCGACAUUCCGUUAGAUGCCGGCUUUCAGUGGUACCUUUCUCAGACUCAGCUUAGUGACCUGAAAGCAGGGGACUGGUCCCAGCAGGACAUAGGUUCUAACUCAGGUGAAACAGAUAAUGACUGUGAGUGGGCUGACGUUCAGAAGAAGAUUAUCCCAUGGAAAAACCAAGUUCCAGAUUUAGAGCCUGGGCUAGAGUUUCAGGAUCGUGCGGCCAAGCUUGGAAAGUCAGUUGGCAGGCUGAUUGUGGUGGGUUCCCUCAUUGAUAAGCCAACCAACCUAGGAGGAUUGUGCCGGACCUGUGAGAUAUUCGGGGCCUCAGCGCUGGUUAUGAGCAGCCUCCACUACGUCAGUGACAAGCAGUUUCAGCACCUUAGUGUUUCCGCUGAACAGUGGGUGCCGUUGGUGGAGGUAAAGCCACCUCAGCUAAUUGAUUAUCUGCAGCAGAAAAAAACAGAAGGUUAUACUGUCAUUGGUGUGGAACAAACUGCCAGAAGUUUAGACCUCACCCAGUACUGCUUUCCUGAGAAGUCACUCCUCUUGUUGGGGAAUGAGCGGGAAGGCAUUCCAGCAAACCUGAUCCAGCAGCUGGACGUGUGUGUGGAGAUCCCGCAGCAGGGCAUCAUCCGCUCGCUCAAUGUCCAUGUGAGUGGAGCGCUGCUCAUCUGGGAGUACACAAGGCAGCAGCUGCUCAGGUGCGGAGACGAGGGUGCACACGUUCGUGCCUUACGAGACAUGAGCAGUUAG